CUUGUUCUCAUCGUAUAAAACUUGCCCGCAGCAAUCACGCAGUCUUUCAAGGACUUGCUCAACAACAACCAUCAUCAUCGCCUAUAUACCAUGGGGGACACCGUACAAUCCCUCAUCCUCGCCAAAAACCCCACACUGAUCUUUGGGGUUAGCGAGUUUAUACUCGCAUUGCUAUCUUUGAGCCCUACCCCAACAUUUGUACCGUUGGUACUGCUCCUAACCAUUCUGCGCGUCCAUGGGAUGCGCAUCGCGUACAGAAACACUCGAGUAUUGGAGCUAAUGUGCUCUUGGGUAGCCGUGACGGCGGGCGCUUCAUUAGCGCACUACUCCUCCGCAACAAAUGCACUAUCAAGUUCGUCACAGGCGUUUGCUGCGGUUGCGGUGAUGUCCGCAAUGACAUACGUGUUGGCAAUCUUGCCGUUUUAUGUAGAUAUACAAUUUCAUCGCAAAUUCCCAACCGUCUGGGCUCAGGUCACCUUCCUACCCGUUGUAUGGGCGACGAUGUGGGCUAUCGUAUCUCACCUCUCCCCCAUGGGGAGACUCCUAAAUUGGAGUCCAGUCUCCUCUUCCCAUCCUUUUAAUUGGCUACUACCCUAUACAGGGCCAAUGGGCAUCGACUGGGCCGUCGGUGCCUGUGCGGCUCUGUCUUCGGAAGUCGCAGCUGCUUGGCUAAUGAGCGCCGACAACGAUGAGCAGCCGGUUCACCUGUCUACUUCGUCCGGUGAAGCGCAAUCCAACAGGCGCUCGCGGAGUCUUCUCACUUUAGGAACACUCCUUGUUGCACUCACCCUUCCAUCCCUACAUGUCAGGCUACCCGCUCGAACCGAUACAAUAUUCGAUACUUCGCCGCUGGGUGUUGCCUGCGCCCUCCCACUCGUCCACAAAGGUCAAAAUCCAACUCUCGCCGACUUCAUAAUUGAGACCAAAAAAUUAACUUCGCAGGCCAAGGUAGUUCUGUGGCCUGAAAGUGCGGUAGAGUUCAGUAGUCAGGGGGAGAGGGAAGCCGCGUUCGAAGAGUUGCGCAAGGACAUCCAAAAAUCUGUUAUCGGAGUCGCCUUUGAGGAAUCCGUGCCUCUAGAUCCGUCAAACCCCGGUGGAUCUCGCAAGCGACGCAACGGACUUGCCCUUGUCCAUGAAGGACAGAAGAAAGGCGAGGAAGUUGUUCAGUAUUACAAACGGAACCUCGUUCCGUUUACAGAAUCCUUCUCGGCAAUUCCGUCAACUGACCCUCCGGCUCUAUACAACUUCGAGCUUGGCCCUCCAAAAUGGGCGACGAAACCCGAAUGGUCCUCGACGCCUAAUCAUACCCGCCCGCUUACCAUCACAUCUUCGAUCUGUUUUGAUUUCGCGUUCUCUUCUGCGUUUAGUUCGCUUGACUCUAAACCAGCUUUGAUCCUGGCACCGGCUCGCACAUGGGACUCCACCGUCAGUCUUGCGAUGUGGGAGCAGGCAAAGUCCCGUGCAAACGAAAUUGGGAGCGUGGUGUUGUGGUGUGACGGAGGGGCAACGGGAGUCAGCGGCGUUGGAGGUGGGGGCAUCUCGGAGAUUAUGCAACUUGGCUCCGGAUCGUGGACUCGCAUGAUCGGCUUGCAGUUCCCAUUCAACCAAAGCAAGACAGUCUAUGCCGUGGUUGGAGACUUCGGUGUGCUCGUUUUGUUAAUCGCAAUCAUGAUGGGUGGAAGCUCAGUUGUUCGUCACCUGCCGGCACUUUCCGGUAGCCUCUCCGGUAGCCGUUCUGUCCUGCAAGCAGUGCCGCUCUUGCGGCGUCUCCUCCCUGGUAGACGGAGGGAUCAAGAGAGCCUGAUUGAUGUUACAGUGCCGGGUGAGAGGCAGAGCCUACUGUAAAUGACAACUCGUUUUUUUGUUUGAUUCAGCUUGCCCUGUGUACUUAUAGUUACCAGUGUCUGUCAUUCUGCUUAUCACGAACACAAUUCUUUAUAUCAGCUGUUUGCUUUUCUCACUCGGAUGAAACAAUGAAAAUGAUUGAUGUCUUGGAGCUGAA